AUGAAGCUCACACUCUUUUCCCUCGCCCUCCUGUCCGGCGCUCUCGCUGCUCCAGCACCUACCGCCGACCCCGAAGCCUUCCCCAUCUCCGAAGUCCCCAGCGGUCUCUCCCUUGAGGAGCACGCCCUCAGCAAGCGCCAGUACAGCAGCAGCACCUACAACCAGCUCACCGAUGGAACUGCCUGUCGCACCAUCAGCGUGAUCUACGCCCGCGGCACCGGGCAGCAGGGCAAUGUAGGCGACGCCGCAGCCGUCGGACCUUUGUUCUUCAACCAGCUGGCCAGCAGAGUCGGAGGCACGAGCAGUCUCGCAAUCCAGGGCGUCACAUACUCAGCGAGUGUAGCGGGCUUUUUGCAGGGGGGCGACUCAACAGGCAGCACGACGUUGACGAACUUGAUUAGCACGACUGUAACGAGGUGCCCAAGCACUAAGAUUGUCCUUGCCGGCUACAGUCAGGGCGCACAGCUUGUGCACAACGCCGCUGUCCGAACCUCAGCAACGAACGCUGCUCGUGUAUUCGCUGUUGUCGUCUUCGGCGACCCCAAACGGGGGCAGUCCUUCGGCUCCAUCGCAACGUCCAAGGUCCUUACGAUCUGCCACACGGGCGACAACAUCUGUGAGGGAGGGACUUCGAUUACGCCUGCACACUUGAACUACCAGAACGAUGCUGGGACUGCGGCGACUUUUGUUGCUGGCAAAGUCGCUUAA